GCUCCGGGCGCCGGGCCCUCCUCGGCCACGGCACGGCCCGGGCUCGGAGACGGCCGGCCGGAGGGAGGUUCGGGGCGGCGGCGCCGCCGCAAGUUGCGCUGCUCGCGGCGAGCCUCUUCCCCUACCCCAAACUACAACCAACCAACCAACCAGGAGAAAGCGUGAGAUGGGGUUGUGGCGUGGCUGAAUGGCCGCGUUUUGUUAGAAGAAUGCAUAUAUACGGGAGGGAAAAUACAGCCAACGUACAGCGGCCCACCCUUUCUCAAGGGCCAACAUAGAGACAAAGAUGGAGAUAGCAAAAGGGCAGACUUGUAAUGCGUCCUUCUGACUAUUGAGAGGUAACUGAAGACAGAAAACAGGCCUAAAAAAUAAACCCUCGAAGGAAGAAGGGAUUUGCCUACGUUUGGCUCUGAGCAGGUCCCAGCAGACACUUGGCGUUUUAUAUGAUCGGAUGCUGGGGAGCCCACUGGUUCACAGGUCUACACAUGAAGUCAGCCUAAAGCGUUCUCACAGAAGGUGGCCCCCGCUUCGUAAAGACCUCAUCGCCGCGAGGUGAGGCUAAGAUGAGCAUAACCAGUGACGAGGUGAACUUUCUGGUGUAUCGCUAUCUCCAGGAGUCAGGUUUUUCGCACUCGGCGUUCACGUUCGGUAUCGAGAGCCACAUAAGCCAGUCCAACAUCAAUGGGACUCUCGUGCCGCCGGCUGCCCUCAUCUCCAUCCUGCAGAAGGGCCUGCAGUAUGUGGAGGCCGAGAUCAGCAUCAACGAGGACGGCACGGUGUUCGACGGCCGCCCGAUAGAGUCGCUGUCCCUGAUUGACGCGGUGAUGCCCGACGUGGUGCAGACGCGGCAGCAGGCCUUCCGGGAGAAGCUGGCGCAGCAGCAGGCCAGCGUGGCGGCCACGGCGGCGGCGGCGGCGGCGGCGGCCCCGGCGGCCCCGGCGGCCGUUUCCCAGCAGAACCCACCAAAGAACGGCGAGGCCACGGUGAACGGGGAAGAGAACGGAGCGCAUGCGAUAAAUAAUCAUUCGAAACCAAUGGAAAUAGACGGAGACGUGGAGAUUCCACCCAAUAAAGCCACCGUCCUUCGGGGCCAUGAGUCUGAGGUGUUCAUCUGUGCCUGGAACCCUGUCAGUGACCUCCUGGCUUCCGGAUCUGGAGAUUCAACCGCAAGGAUAUGGAACCUCAACGAAAACAGCAACGGGGGCUCCACGCAGCUCGUGCUGAGGCACUGUAUACGGGAGGGGGGGCAUGACGUCCCCAGUAACAAAGACGUCACCUCGCUGGACUGGAACAGUGACGGCACACUGUUGGCUACAGGUUCCUAUGAUGGUUUUGCAAGAAUAUGGACGGAAGACGGUAACCUGGCCAGCACCUUAGGCCAACAUAAAGGCCCCAUCUUUGCCUUGAAAUGGAACAAGAAGGGGAAUUACAUUUUGAGUGCUGGAGUAGACAAAACAACAAUAAUUUGGGAUGCCCACACAGGAGAGGCCAAACAGCAGUUUCCAUUUCAUUCCGCCCCUGCCCUUGACGUGGAUUGGCAGAACAACACUACCUUUGCUUCGUGUAGCACAGACAUGUGUAUCCACGUCUGCAGACUCGGCUGUGACCGCCCGGUCAAAACGUUCCAGGGACACACAAAUGAGGUCAAUGCCAUCAAAUGGGACCCUUCUGGGAUGUUGCUAGCAUCCUGCUCUGAUGACAUGACAUUAAAGAUCUGGAGUAUGAAGCAGGAUACGUGUGUUCAUGACCUUCAAGCUCACAGCAAAGAAAUAUAUACCAUAAAGUGGAGUCCCACCGGGCCAGCCACCAGCAACCCCAACUCCAACAUCAUGCUAGCAAGAACGGAGAGGCGGCUGAUUUUGAGAGGGCCCCGAGACAUAAAUUAUCACGUGACGGCUAACUUGAGCACCCAAAAAAAGGAGAAGAUUUGUUUUACGACCGUGGCUUUGUUUUCAGUGUAUCUGGUUCACGGUUUAGAAGAGGAAGCGUGUACCCGCUUGUUGUCUCUCGAAACUGCUUCGUUCGACUCUACAGUUCGACUGUGGGACGUGGAGCGGGGUGUUUGCAUCCACACACUCACCAAACACCAGGAACCAGUCUAUAGUGUAGCUUUUAGCCCCGACGGGAAGCACUUGGCCAGCGGCUCCUUUGACAAGUGUGUGCACAUCUGGAACACUCAGAGCGGAAGUCUCGUCCACAGCUACCGAGGCACCGGCGGCAUCUUCGAGGUGUGCUGGAACGCCCGAGGGGACAAAGUGGGCGCCAGCGCGUCGGACGGCUCCGUGUGUGUCUUAGAUCUGCGAAAGUAAACACGAAGUAUUUUAGAAACAAGAAGAGAAUUCUAACGGACCAGCAGUGAAUGUGUGGGGUUGUAGCACUAUUCAAACACGAUUCUGUCAGCUCCAAAACUGUAUGAACUUGACCUUAGAGUGUACUUUGAAAUCAACUCAUCCCUGGCCACAGGAGUCUCUAUUUUUUUGUAAUCUUUAUCAAGAAGUUUAAAAGAAAAACAUACACACAGUCAUAUCAAAGGGGGAAAAGAAUGGUUUCCACCUGGAACAUUCAGCCUGGGAAGCACGAAGCCACCAGCUAGACGGUGCACGGUUUGGUUUCCAUCCAGAACAGGCUCUGAUGGCUGAGAGGAAAAGAAAAAAAAAAAACUGUGCCAAAAAGAAAAAGAAAAAAAAUGCUGUGAUAAACCAAAAGGGGGGUGGGGAACUCCUCACGUGGUGGGUUUUUUUUUUUUUUCUUCCUAAAAAUUUGGACACUACAGUUACUCUCACCAGGAUGUUCAAAGACCAGUUUGUACGGAUGACACGGGCAGCUUUGUAAUCCCAACACUUUCUAUUUUCUAGACUCUUUGUCACGUGGUUUUUCUAUGGGCUGGAAUCCUGUCGUCUGGGGGCCUUGGGUCUGAGGUGGAAACUGUUUUGGGUUUGUUGCUUCUUUGCUGAUGUCGCCUGCCCCCUCCACCUCCUUCCUUCCUUCCUUCCUUCCUUCCUUCCUUCGUGGUCUUGAUUGGCAUCACGCCCUCACAGAGUCUCUGACAGGCGGGGCUUUCUCGCCCUCCCCUCCCCUCCCCCUCCCCCUCGCGCACUCUCUCCGCCCCUUCCUCAUAGUUGCUUCCCAUCUUAGGUCUCAAGGGCACUUUUGGCGCAUAAUAAGUGCUUUAUGUAAGAAGGCAGGGCAGGGGGACUUUUUACAGGAGGAAGAAAAAAAUAAGUGACUUAUAAGAGAAAGAACCCAGAGUAUUUUUGGAGAAAAAAAAAUAUUUUUAUGUUAAAACAAUUUUAAAAUCCUAAAAUGGCCAUCAGACAUAGAGAGCUUUGUGUGAUUCAUAUUUUAAAAAAAAAAUAAAGUUCAGGAAGACACAGGCAGGGCCUGAGGUAGCUUUUUCCCUUCACUUUCAGCCUGUCGAGAGGCAGUGAGGAAUCUGUGUGGGAAGGGGCCAGCUCUGGGGUCGGCGUUGGGACUGUUCUACAGCAGAGAGGAAACUCCGGGCCCUUCCAGCUCGAAGACGACCUUGGCGUGUUACAGGGUGUGUUGACCACAUAGUAGGCGGCAGGAGAGACCUGGAGAAGCGUGCCUUUGGACCCAAGAAGUGUUCCCAGGACCAGCGGCGUGGAAGGGGCCGUCACAGCCGUCCACUGGGCAGGAUGCCGCCUGGCAUCGUUCGGCCCGCGGGGCCACCUGUGGUCCCCCCACCAAGAGCACCUCGGCCGGUCCUUGCACAGCUGACGGGACGGGCUCCAGGAUCUCACUGGGUCUAAUAUCGACAAAAAUGAACAGGGAGAGAGGUUUUCGGUCCUGAAGGUGAAUUCCGUAGGUAGAGUGUCACUAAUAAUUUCUGUCCCCUUCAUAGCUUCUUCCUCUUGCAACAGAGGAGGAGAAAGGUUUUCUUUUUGUAAUAAUGAAUCUUUUUACUGUUUUUAAAAAAUUAAACGUGGCUUUGUGUUCCUA